GUGCCGGCCAGACUUUACCCUGGGCUGAACAGCUAGUGUGUGCAUUUGCUAUUCUUCUGCUAGUCAGCAUGGCUGGGGUAAAAUUGGUGCUUCUGUCUCUGUUUGUUGGGUACACUGUUAAUUACUUCUAUAGAUCUGAGUCCAUGAACCCAGAAUUAGUUCGUGGGAAGCGUGUACUAAUAACAGGAUCCAGCACUGGGAUCGGAGAGCAGAUUGCUUAUGAAUUUGCCCAGAUGGGUGCACACAUAAUGCUUACAGCUAGAAGACAUCAGCGUUUGCAGGAAGUGGCAAACCAAUGUUUGAAGUUAGGAGCUGCCUCUGCAGACUAUGUGGCCUCUGAUAUGGGAAACUUGACAUCAGCGCAGUACGUAGCACAAGAAACAGUGAAGAAGCUUGGGGGCUUGGAUUACUUGGUUCUGAAUCAUAUUGGAGGAUCUGCAUCAUUUGGAUUUUUCAAAGGUGACAUGGACCCAGUUGUGGGGUCUAUCACUAUAAACUUCCUCAGCUAUGUCCAGCUUACCUCAACAGCACUGAGGGCCCUGCAGGAAUCACAAGGAAGCAUUGUCGUCAUGUCCUCAAUGAGUGGUCGCAUUGGGGCUCCCUUUACUACCAGCUAUUGUGCAUCCAAAUUUGCUCUGGAAGGGUUCUACAGCUCUCUCCGCAGAGAAUUUGACCUUCAGAAAAACAAUAUGUCUGUGACAGUUGCCAUUCUUGGAUACAUUGAUACAGAAAAUGCAGUUAAGAAGGUUGGUAAUAAGGUGACCAUGACAGCUUCAUCAAAGGAAGACUGUGCACGGGAAGUGGUCAAAGCAGCAGUCCUGAGACGUCCGGAACUUUUUUAUCCUUACUGGGGCAUUAAGCCGAUUGUUUUGCUUAGAGAUUGGUUUCCUGGGUUAGUAGCAAAAUUUCUUGAUAAAUUCUACAUCUUAGAAAAUAUUCAGUAAAGAGUUACAUACCAAUCAAUAAAAUAUUUCAGUUGUUGUAA